AUGUCAUCUAUGGAGGUACCUACACUUCCGAUACCAGGCGACAGCAGUCAGCAGGGACCAUCGGGAGAGCAAUAUCGGUAUACGGGACAGCUUCAGAAGAAACAAGCUGUUGAAGGAUCUUUUGAAUGGUACUUUGAUCAAGGAAUAAAUUGGAUGGGAAAUCAUCCUUGGAUAACUGGCCUUAGUGGACUCACUAUUGUAUACCUUGCUUCCGGUUUAUUCAAGACCAAUCGUCCUGGGCUAAAUGGGAAGGCUUUUUACACUGGGGGGUUUGGCGCCAAGAUGAGUGCAAAAGAAGCCUUACAGAUUUUGAACUUGAAAGAGUCAAAUUUGAGCAAGUUGAAAUUAAAGGAGCAUCACAGAAAGUUGAUGAUGGCUAAUCAUCCGGAUAAGGGAGGGUCAUCUUUUUUGGCUACAAAAGUGAAUGAAGCAAAAGACUUUUUGGAGAAAAGAGGUGGCAUAAAGGCAAAGUAG